AUGUGUAAUGGAAAUGUUGUGGUGCUAGUCUCGGACGAGGAGAUGAAGCAGAUCUUCACUGAAGUUCUCAGAAUGAUUAAUUCGGCGAGUGGGUCAACACUCAAGGAUGUACCACUGAUCCAUCAAGUGAAGGAUUACCGAGGCUGUGAGAAUUGCGGCGUGAUGUGCGUGGGUGUCGAGGACGCUUGGAUGGUGGAGGGGAUCUCCCGAGCCAUCCAGACCCUCUACAUUGUCGACGGGGGAACUUCUGCUGCAGCACAGAGUCGAAUGGGCCUCUGGAUGGAGAUGGAAAGAAGAGGCCUUCUUCUUCAUCGCCCAUUAACAUCUUCCAAUACCCUUGACUCCCUCUCUGGUGACGAUUGGAAGGCAUUAAAUCAAAGAAGCCUCUUUCUAAAGAUCCCUAAGUUUACGGAGAUAGAUGAUGAUGCUGGGAAGGAUACGUCUUCUCCAGAAGGUGCUACAAAGAUUUUUGCCUUGGGGAAAGACAAGAAGGCGCAAGUGGGGAUGUGGGAACUCCCCAAGAACACUCUCUGGGUCCAGGAAGAACAUUCCUUAUCAGACCUAUUCCUUGCCCAAUCCUCUAUGCUGAUCCACGGGACAGGAGGGGAAGUCCGGAUUCUUUAUCUAGAGGGGAAGGAUCCCCAUGAGGCACCUCAUAGAUGGAACCACAAACUCCAGAACCCCCCCGAUUUUAUCGUGGAAGGUACUACAGGGGUGGGGAUCCGGGACUCCCUUUUUCUCUUGGGAGGGAAAAGAAACCCCCAUUCAGGACACCGACUGGAUCUCCACAGCGACACCUGGAUGGAACUCCCUCUGAUGACUCAGGGGAGAGAGGACGCAGCUUCAGUGAUGUUGGACGCCCAUACCAUCCUCGUCUUGGGGGGUGUGGACCCUGAAAAAGUAAAAACCCUCUCCAGUUGUGUGUGUUUGGACGUGAGAACAAAGCAGUGGAUCCCCUUUCCGUCAGAAAUCCCCCUUCCUAUCAGCAGCCAUGCAGUGACCCUUUACGAUGAUCAUGUAUACAUCUCGGGCGGAUUCAGAGAUGAUGCAUCUUGUCGGGAGGUGUGGAAGUGUGGGGUGAAGGGGGUAGGGCCAUGGGAAACUCUUCCCUCUUUACAAUUGGACAGACAUGAUCAUGGGAUGAUGGGAGACGGCGCAGGGAGAUUUCAAGUCAUCGGGGGGAAACAUCAAAAUGGAUCAAAGUAUACGGAUGUCCUUUCGACGGAGACUCUGACCUUGCACGGAGGAAGAGGAUGGGAGAUCAAACACGAACUUCCCUUCAUGAAUGUUUGGAAGGCUUGUGCGAUGCAUUGAGUGGGACCCCCUUCCCCUCAUUCCGGGUUGCAUAUAUACAAACCCUCCUCGAUUUAGGCACUCACAUGCCUAGCAGGUGAAGAAGCGUGAGAGCGGGAGCGUGAAGGCGCGUGAACCCUCUGUGAUUUCGGCACCGCCCUCUCCUGCAUGCCAGAGGCGAGUGCAGGAAACCAGAGAUGUAAUUGCGCAUGCCUCAUCUCUCAUGCUCUGAGGUCCAUGCUUGUUCCGCAUGGCGCGUUCGCUGCAAUAACUUGAUACGGACAAGUGCACGCCUCCCCGCAUGCUCUAAUGAAUGAACAUGAAUGAAGUAAAAUUGAAAUCCUUUUAAUAUGUUCUGGAGCUAGCCCCUUUCCAUCUAGCGAUGGAAAGGGGCUAAUGAUAAGAUCAAACAUUAAUAAUUAAGAGGAAGCCCACAAAUGGAUGGAAUAAUUUUCCUCUGCAAAGUCCACGACCUGGAUUGUCAAAAAUACAUUUCCCCAGUUGAAGAGGUGAGUGAAAGUACACAUAUAUAAGCCUGCAUACAGGGUGUAACAAAAGUCAGAAAUCAAUAGGCUUGCAUAAAGGGAUAAUUUCCAGGCCGAACUCUUUGGAACUCACUGGCUAACCUGAAUUGACAUCAUAAUGAAGCAGUUAUCUUGCUCCUAAAAGCUGGUCCAAGUGACUCAGAAUGACAAUGAGUGACCAAAAGCGACUAAAAGUCACUCAAAGGGACCAAUCGACUCGGGAUUCUGGAGUUCCCUGAGUACCUUGUGUAUUCAAAUGAACUUCAAGCGAACAAAAGUGACUCAUUUCUCCACUUGUGUCAAAGUGUCUGGAGCGACCCAAGUUAAAUUAUAACUUAAUUGAUAUUAAUUAACUUAGGUAUACUUUGGUAAUUUGUGUAAAGUUUGGUCAAUGGUCAAUCUGGGUUGCUUUCAUCACUUGGACCAAAAAUUGAGAUUAACAGAACUUUGGCAUAACAGUUUUAAUCCAGAUUGGCAUGUGAGUUUCCAAACUGUCCAGGUUGGAAAUGCUUCUGUGAUUCCUGGUUUUUGUCACACCUUAUACACUUAGGUCUAUGCGUACAGGGUAGGCACUAAGUAACUGAACACGUUUAAAUGCUAAUAGAAACAAGACAGUUCAAUGGAUCUAAGAGCCAUUUUUCCAUUGCUCCAUUGCUUUUCCAUUUUUCCAGGAGCCAUUGAGGAGGGUUUGUAUAUAUGCUUCCGGGUUCAAUUAAACUCACACGGAGGAAUCUCGGGCAAGGAGGAGGGAAAGACGGAGUUCUGUGCACGAGA